AUGGAGAAAGACAUCGGCAGCGGCGAACUGCAAGCACUAGAGGAGAAGGCUGGAAUCCCAGAAUGCAGUACAAAAACAAAGGCUUCUCCAGCAUUCGAGGAGGUCCUGGACGCCAUUGGGUCCAGGGGGAAGUUCCAGACGAGGCUGAACAUCGUCUUCGUUUGCUUUGCCUCAUGCUUCGACCUGAUGAGCGUCAACAUGUUCUACCUGGCUAUGCAGACUCCUGAUCACUGGUGCUACGUCCCUGGCAGGGAGCUUUCCAACCUCUCAGUUGAGCAGUGGAAGAACCUCACCAUACCGAGGGAAGGGGCCUCGUUCAGCAAGUGCCUGAUGUACAACCAGAGCGAUGUGACGGACUUCGGCGGCAGCAGGGAACCUGUGAAGUGUCAGCACGGCUGGGAGUAUGACGACACCUGGUUCUCCCUGACGGUGACGUCACAGUUGAACUGGGUCUGCGACAACCGGCAGGCCGUCAAUGACGUCUUGUUCUACUCACAGAUUAUUGGAGUGGCCCUGGGGUUACUGUUUGGCUACAUAGGCGACAUGUACGGCCGACGCCCCCAGCAGCUGCUGUGCCUGUCAGCCCACGUGGUCAGCAGAGUGCUGGUCGUCCUCGCUCCACACGUGCUGCCCCUCUUCAUCCUGGCAGAAUCCCUCGUGUCAGCUGCGGCUGGGCCUUUGACAGAAUCUGUCUUGUCUGUUGGUAAGUGCUAG